AACCUAAUUCGUGUAACAAUAUCUCGAACUGCUCCUUAACCAGCAAAAGGCUACUCCCCAAUAAAAUAAAGCCGCCCCACCACCCAAACACCCUCCCUUCCUUCGUUAUUGUCGAAACCGCACGCCUCCUUUCAACGCCUUCCCACAAUAAAAAACAAACAAUUUCUUCCUCUCUCACACUCCCACAACUGCCAUCCUUCCUUUAUAUAAAAACCCUAGCCCCAAAUAUCUUUCACCAUCAACAAACCAAACACCUCGCUCUCAAAAAGCAAUUAUGGCAAGCAAAGAGCCCGAUCACGAACCCAGAGAAGACGAGGUAGCCCCCGCUGCCGAGGAUGAAGAUACCGGAGCUCAAGUCGCCCCUAUCGUCAAGCUCGAGGAAGUCGCUGUCAGCACCGGCGAGGAAAACGAAGAUCCGAUACUCGAUCUGAAGUCGAAGCUUUACCGAUUUGAUAAAGACGGGAAUCAAUGGAAAGAGAGAGGCGUUGGUACUGUGAAGCUGUUGAAGCACAAGGAGACCGGAAAAGUUCGCCUUGUUAUGAGGCAAUCUAAGACUCUCAAGAUCUGCGCCAAUCAUCUCGUGUUGCCGACUAUGAUGGUGCAGGAGCACUCAGGGAACGACAAAUCGUGCUUAUGGCACGCUUCUGACUUUGCAGAUGGUGAGCUGAAAGAUGAACUUUUCUGCAUUCGUUUUGCAUCUGUGGAAAAUUGCAAAACCUUUAUGGAAAUGUGCCAAGAAGUUGCUGAGUCACAAAAACCGAAAGAGGAAAAUGAAGAUGCGUCUGCUGCUGCUGGACUACUUGAGAAGUUGAGCGUUGAGGAAAAGAAAACUGAGGGUAAAGCUGGAGAGGAGAAGGCUGUUGCAGCAAAGGAAGAAAUGGAGACAAAAGAAAAUGCAGAAAAAGCUGAUAAUGAGAAGAAAGAUGGGGAGCCAGCUCCCUCAACUUAAAAAAGGGGGAUGGUUUUGUUUUGCAUGCCAUAUGCUUUUGGCGAAUAUGGUGAGAUUAGCCGCCUGACGUCACCUCCCCACCCAUGUCUUGGCAUAUUCCUGCGGAUGAAACUAGAUGGGUGGGCUGGAAUGGUUGAGGUCCUUUGCGUCAUUAGGUUUGAGUGUUUGUCGAGGUUUGUUCAAACCUCGGGUCAGUCAGUAAUGUUUGCUUGUCGAGAGUCAUGUUUCGCAGUUUGAGUAGUGUCAAGGAGGGUUCAUUCAACCGGGUUUUCCCCCAGUAUUACUAUUAUAGAGAAUAGACAAGCCCUUUUUUUUUUGGGGGGGGGGGGGGGGAUUUUAAUUAUUUGGAUUUUGUAUCUUUGUGUCUCAAGAGUUGAAAGUUUGGGUGAAAAGAAAUUUGGUUUGCCAGAAUUGGCUAAAA